AUGAUGAUGGCUGCUUUACAGAAAAAUUUACCGAUUUCAUUGGUCGAUAUGUCAAAGAAGCAGAUAAAGAUAUCAUUCAAGUUUGUUGUAGUGGAAAAGUUGAAAGAUCAAUUACUUGAAAACAAUGAGAAAACAAAAUGGGUUCCUGGUUUUGUUAAGGAAAAACGGUUUCACAAUUGGCUGGAAAAUGCAAGAUAUUGGGCCAUUAGUAGAAGUAGAUUUUGGGGCACUCCUCUCCCAAUUUCGAUCAGUGAAGAUGGUGUAGAUAUUGAAGCUAUUGGUUCAGUUGAAGAACUUGAAAGAAUUUCAGGGGUGAAAGUUACUGAUUUACAUCACCACAAAAUUGAUCACAUCACAAUUCCUAGCCCACGUGGUGAAAAGUUUGGUGUGCUUCAUCAUGUAGAAGAUGUAUUUGAUUGUUGGUUUGAAAGUGGGUCAAUGCCAUAUUCGCUACCCUUUUGA